CAGAUCGGCUGUUAAACCUCCCUUUACAUAGCAGUAAUCCGUGAUCGUCUUCUCCCCUCGUCUUUAGGAAACGAAAAUAUUUGAUAUUUUUGCCGAGUUAUCGGUUACAGAGUUCAGUUUAGCCAGUAAACAAAGAAAGACGAGUUAAGUUCCGCACAAACGCGUAACCGUGACAACGGGGGUGGAGUCAUAUCUAGGGGAAAUCCCCAGAGCGAAUGGAACGUCUGACGUCACAAUCAGACCCUAUAAAAGGCCGCGCUCUGUAAGAGAACCUUCAGUUCAGUGAUUCUCAGAGCGAAAGCAAGUCGAGCACUGACAACUCUCUCUCUUACGGACUUUACAGUCAGUAAUUCUUACACUUUCACGUCUAUUUAAAUUGACUAGUGUACAACACUGUCGUGAAAUAGAGUGAAUUAGACAAUUACAUCAUGUCUAAAUGCAAAGAUGUGCUGAAGACCUGCAGCGGUGCACGUGAUGCUCGGCGGAGGCUAAGCAUCUGUGCACCUGCAGCUGGUCGAGUAAGCUUUGCGGUUCCGGAAGAUGAGUGCAGCCCAGCAGCUGUUAGACAGAAUACAAUCUUGUCUGCAUCAGCUCGUGGGCCCGUGACCGGCAGAGGUGCACAUGAUGGUCAACGGAGGUUGACCAUCUCUACACCUGCAGCGGGUCACGUGAGGUGCACCCUUCCUGGGACUAUUGACGAGGAGUGGAGCCCAGAAGUUGAUAGACAGAGUAACAUCUUGUCUAUGUCAACUCAUGGGGGCGUGACUGGCAGCGGUGCACGUGAUGUUCGGCGGAAGUCAAACGUCUCUACACCUGCAGCGCGUCACGUAAGGUUUGCCCUUCCUGGGGCUGUUGAGGAGGAUGAGGAGUGGUGCCCAGCAGCUAUUAGACAGAAUACAAUUCUGUCUGAGUCAGCUCGUGGGCUAGUGACCAGUGGCGGUGCACGUGAUGUUCAGCGGAGGUUGAACAUCUAUACACCUGCAGCUGGUCAGGAGAACAUCGCCCCUCCAGGGGCCGAUGAGAAGAGAGUAGCAGAAAAGCAAAAAACACAACAGAAUAAAAAGGGCAUCUGUGCUUACAUCUGUAGAAAAUGGCGGGAUGUUAAGCGUUUUUUCUGUAUCUGCGAAAAUGAGGAUGAACUGGAGCCAACUGAUCUAGCGGAUCCUCAGCAAGGUCCAUCUGACCUGCCAUCAAGUGCCCGUAAAGAUGACUGGCAGAAUCCCUCAGGACUCAAGCCAGUGGGCUGUCACAAACCAGGCUGUUGCCCACCUGGUUUAAAUACCUUGAAGAAAACCAAACUUCAAGAAGAGCCUGAUCAUAACCAAGGUCUAUUCGACCCGGCGGAGCUUCGUGCUCAACCUGAUCAGGCUUUUUGUAAGCCAGGCCCUUUCGGCCUGCACGGAGCCCGUGAGCAAGAUAGUCCCUUCGGACUUGAGCGAGCGCGCCAUGAAGAACCAGCCUAUUGCCUGGCUGGUUCAUAUACCUUGGAAAAAAAAGAAAUCCAAGAAGAGACUGAUCAUAACCAAGGUCUAUUCGACCCGGCGGAGCUUCGUGCUCAACCUGAUCAGCCUUUUUGUAAGCCAGGCCCUUUCGGCCUGCACGGAGCCCGUGAGCAAGAUAGUCCCUUCGGACUUGAGCGAGCGCGCCAUGAAGAACCAGACUAUUGCCAGUCUGGUUCAUUUACCUUGAAGAAAACAGAAAUCCAAGACGAGACUAAACACGGUCCAUUCGACCCGGAGCUACGUGGUCAGACUGAUAGUCAGCCAGGUCCUUCUGCCCUGCAGUCAUGGACCCUUGAAAAUUAUUGGGAUUUUAGUCCCAUAAGAACUAAUCCAGCAGGCUGUCACAAACCAGGCUGUUGCCCACCUGGUUCAUCAAAAUCAAAGCAAACCGCAGCUGAUCCUGAACCUGGUUCAUCUAACCAGGUGCCAAGUGCUCACAGUGAUCAAGCUGACCCUCAGCCAGGUCCAUCCAGCCUGCAGUCAAGUGGUCAUAAAGAUGAACAGCCUGCUAGGUCAUUUAAAAUGCUUUAUGAAGUAAAGCAGCAGAUAGGACAAGGUGGCUUUGGUGCAGUUUAUGAGGCGACUCGAAAAUCAGAUGGCAGAAAGGUCGCCAUCAAAUUUAUUGAGAAAUCGUGGCUCUUUGACGAUUUCAUUGAAAUGCCUGGAUAUGCCAAGGCUCUUCAUGCAGAAGUGGCUUUUAAUCUAAUGCUGCUCAAACCGGAGAAAAGCCCCUACAUUGUGGAAAUGUUGGACUGGUUUGAAGAGGAACAUCAGUACAUCCUAGUUUUGGAAUUUCCAUAUCCCUGCAUGGAUCUCCUUGAAUUUAUCAAGAGAAAUGGAGGUCGUCUGUCAGAAGUCCAGGCACGACAUUUAAUGCGCCAAGCAGUGCUCGCCUCUAUACACUGCAUUGACAGUGGUGUCUAUCACAGAGAUUUCAAGAUCACCAACAUCCUGGUCAAAACCGACUCGAUGGAUCUGAAAUUAAUAGACUUUGGAAUCUGCGAACUUGUGGAAAGUUUUGGGACAAGUUAUCACAGUGGGCGACGCUUCGUUGUUGGAGAGAUGAUCACUGAGUUGGGUUUUUUACUGCACACAAUGUUGCAUGGACCAAGUCUGCUUGGAGGCAGAAACACUCCUAGCACUGUUGUGAUAUCCAAAGAGUGUGGAGACUUGAUAGAUUGGUGCCAGAACCAUGAUCGAGACAGACGACCAACAUUCGAAGAACUCUUAAAACAUAAAUGGUUUAAAAGUUAUGAAGGAACUUCAGAAGAUGAAUAUUGAAGAAUGUGAGAAUAGACACAGAAAGAACUUCAUCAAAGGUCACGAUAGCUAAGAUGAGCCUGAAGGAGAAAUGUAUAGAUGCUGUUUCAUCUCUCCUUUCCAGAUCAUCUUUGGCAUUGCACUUCUGAGGUCAUCACCAUCUUUCUUCAGCCAAACAAAAUGAUUCUCACCAACCACGCCGGCUCUGCUAAGCUUGAUGUUGGAGGUCUGCUGUUUUUGAAGCAGGGGACCACUGUCCAUUAAAGGCUUCAUAAACCAUUUAACAAAAUCACAUAAGAUAGUGUAGUUCAUACUCCAUGCGAUGUGCCAUACAAUGGAAGGGCCAUGUUCCUUAUCACAUCUGGAUACUGCAAAGCUCCUGUCUCCUCAACAAUUUACGAACUAAUCAAUUAUUAAAUGAAGAAAUGCUAUGUAAAAGCAAAGAUAUUUCUUCCUGUGGAAUUUGAGUUUUAAAUGUAGUAAUUACUGUUUUAUGGCAUAAAUAAAAGUUAAAUAUUAUAUUAUUUUAAAAGCAUCAUGUAUCUUUUUUCAUUCCUAAUGUAUUCUACUAGUAGUGUGUCAGGCACUUUAACCCUUAUGAAAAAAGCCAAGGAAAAUAGAGAGCAUCAUAUCAAAACAACUGUUUAUUUGCACAUGCAACAUUAAACUAUGGUAUACAU